UAUUGGCAUUGUCCUUUUGCCUUCUCGUACCGUUUACAUGCACAAUCCGGUGACUUGGUCACACGAAGAAACGGAGGGAUUUGAACCUUUACAGACGAUCCACAAUGUCGAUCAGUAGCCAGCUUGUAACAUGGGCUUUUGCCAAUCCAAUCCUUUUGGCAUUUUGCCUCUUUGGAGCUCUAUUGGCCAUUUUUGUGGUAGUACUUGUGUCAAAAUUGAAACCCGGUCCCAACCCUUUUGCUGAGGACUGUGCCCGCCCUCCAGCCCCGAUGGUUGCCGACAGCUCCGCUCGGGACAAAGUUAUCAAGCAAGGUUUCACCCCACAGAAGGUGCCCAAGGAUCUGGAUGCCAUCGUGGUCGGGAGUGGUAUUGGAGGUCUGGCCAUUGCAGCGAUCUUGGCUAAGGUGGGAAAGAAGGUCCUGGUACUAGAACAACACGACCAGGCCGGAGGAUGCUGUCAUACCUUUGUGGAGAAGGGCUAUGAGUUUGAUGUGGGCAUACAUUACAUCGGUGAGAUGGCACAGAGCACAAUCACACGGCUCUACAUAGACCAACUGACAGAGGGCCAACUCCUCUGGGACCCCAUCGACAAGAACUUUGACACGGUGGUCAUCGGCGAGGGCGAGAACAAGAAGUUAUUUCCAAUGCAAUCGGGGAGCAAGCAAUGGUUUCGGGAAUCUCUGAUGAAGAUGUUUCCCGAGGAAGAGGCAGCCAUCGAAAAGUUCAUCUAUUAUAUGAAGGAGCAGAGAAAACACAUGCAGACGGCUUUCUUGUUUAAGAUCCUCCCAAUGAGAAUCUGCCAGCUGUUGAUCUCCACAGGCAUGGCCAGUGCCAUGACCAAGUACUUCAAGUAUUCUCAGAUCUCUCUGCAGCGUUUCCUCGACGGUGUGACAGAGAACAACGACCUGAAAGCAGUGCUUUCUUACUGUUUUGGAGAUUAUGGAACCCUUCCUGAGGAUGCUAGCCUCAUGAUGCACACCCUUCUCAUGAACCACUACGUGUAUGGUGGCUUCUACCCAAGGGGCGGGGCCAGCGAGAUCGCAUACCACAUCGUACCCGUCAUCGAGAAGGCUGGGGGUAGGGUCCUGGUCAGGGCUCCCGUCUCGGAGAUCCUCAUCGACAGAGAUGGUGCAGCAUGCGGUGUUCGCGUUGCCAGGACAACAGGAGAUGUUGACAUCCAUGCUCCUCUCAUCAUCUCAGAUGCUGGAUUAGUGAACACGUACCAGAAAUUGCUCCCUCUAGAGAUCGUUAAGAAACAUGAUCUGAUGGACAAAUUCAAGGGAACCCGCACCGCGUUGGCCGGCUUCUCUGUCUUCGUGGGUCUGAAGGGAUCAACCAAGGACCUGAACCUCCCUGCAAGACAGUACUGGUCGUUCAUCAACAACGACCUGAACGGCAUCACCAAGGCUUAUGCUAAUCUGUCUGCGGAAGAGGCUGCCAAGUCCAAGGUCCCGCUCCUCUUCAUCAGCUUCCCGUCGGCCAAGGACUCCACUUGGGAUGAGAGAUACCCAGGAAAGUCUGCCUGCACCCUGGUGACCUUAGCAAACUGGGAGUGGUUUGAGGAAUGGGAGAAGACCAGGAUGCAUCAUAGAGGUGAUGAGUACGAUGCUAUCAAGAAGGGGAUCGCUGAUAAGAUGUGGGAGCGUGUCCUGGAGCUCUUCCCACAGUUGGAGGAUAAGGUUGAUUACUUUGAAGCUGGUUCUCCUUUGAGCAACAGGUACUACCUUGGUGCCCCUGCUGGUGAGAUGUAUGGACUGGACCACAACAAGGAGAGGUUCACCGCAGAGACCUGGACUAAUCUCAGGCCCGAGACUCCCAUUCCCAACCUAUAUCUUACAGGGCAAGACAUCAUGACGUGUGGCUUUGCAGGCGCUCUCUACGCCGGGUUGAUGUGCGGCACCAAGAUCCUAAACCGCAACCUGAUGGGUGAUCUAUCCACUCUCAAAGCCAAGAAGAAGAAGGGCGAGUAAUCUUCAAGAAGGUAGCCAAGAUAAUAUCUCUGUUAAGUGGGCUAUCUUAAAGCCCCACUGCACUACUUAUAGCUACUUGCGCCCUCUUUAUAGAAAACAAUGCCUAAUCGGUGACCAUUGGUCCCCCAUGAUCCC